AUGAGCUUCACAGAUAAGACUGAAACUUUCGUCCAAUGGUUGAAGGAUAAUAAAGUCGAGAUUUCCGAUAAAGUCGAGAUUAAGGAUCUCAGAAGCAUCGGUCAAGGAAGGGCGCUUAUGGCCAUUGAGGAUAUCGCCUCAGAUGAAGAUCUAUUCAAGCUUCCUCAAGAAGUAUUCAUCAACGCUACAAAUAACUCCUUGAUAAAGGAAUACCCUGAUUUGAAAGAUAAGAUUUUGGACCUUCCUCAAUGGGAAGCACUUAUCUUGGUCCUUGUGUACGAAUGGCAAGUCAAAGGGAAAGACAGUAAAUGGGCACCUUACUUCGACAUACUUCCCAUAGGCGAUUCCGAGAACUACAAGUUCGAUCAGCUUGUGUUUUGGUCUGAGGAAGAAAUUGACCAUUUGAAGCCAUCGUAUAUUGUCAAGCGCAUCGGCAAGGCUUCGGCGGACGCUCUUUUGCAAAAGGUCAGAGACAUUGCAGCGUCUUUUGGUAUCGAUAUCUUCGAAAACAUGUCCCAGUCGGAUUUGCAUAAGACUGCAGCACUCAUCAUGUCAUACUCCUUUGAUGUUCAAAGAGACAAUGGAAAUGCCCAAGAUGAAGACGAUGAAAUAGACAGUCCCGAUGUUAGAAACUCGUCCUUUAUCAAGAGUAUGCUUCCAUUAGCUGAUACACUAAACGCUAACACGAGCCACCACAAUGCAAGCCUUAUACAAGAUAAUGAGUCCCUCGUCAUGCGUUCUAUUAAGCCCAUUGAAAAGGGCCAGCAGAUAUACAAUACCUACUCGGACCACCCUAAUGCUGAGAUUCUCAGAAGAUAUGGCUACGUCGAACCGGAGGGUUCUACCUCGGAUUUUGGGGAAGUUUCUCUUGACUUGAUCAAGAAAUAUUUUGUGGAAUCCACUUCCCUUCUGGCCACCAACGUGGAAGAGAUAAUAAGCAUUCUUUUGGAAAUCCAAGAAGAGGAAGACGAAGAAUUCAUCGUGGACACUUUUGAUUGUUAUGUUUCAGGAGAGGUCAUAUUCGAGAUGUGCUUUUUGGCUCAGUUACUUACCGUACUUGCAAAGAUCAAUGAUAAGACACCCUUCAACGACGAGUCACUGGAAAACAAAGCGCGUGGUAUAAGAAGGGUUUUCAAAAAGUGCUACCAACUAGUUGAGUCUGGGAAGCUAACCGAAUCGCUUAAAGAAAGCUUGUUUAAAAUUUUAGACCUUCGUAUCUCUGAAUACCCGGAGGUAGGUGUGAACUUCGAUAGGUCACAACCUCAGACUAGGGAAUUCAUGGCGGGGAUUGUCCUCCAAUCCGAACUAAAAGCUUUGCGGGAAUGCGCUAAAGGCGAAAAGCUCUUCUCCAUCGGUGAUACCCACUACACAUUCAUCCCGGACGAAAAGCUCGUCAACAACAUCAUGAAGAAGAGUAUUUUCUCUGAAGCUCUGUCGAAGAAGCAAAAAGUUUAA